CGUAACAUUUGUAUUCCGCGCAAAGUGCAGGAGAGGUGCAGUUGGAAAGAACAGAUCUUACACGUGUCGCGUCUAUACAUCAUUGUGAAAAUACCAUUAUUUCAUCUUGUUUGUUCUAAAAAAAAAAUCAUUUAACAACACGUCCUAUAAGCGUGGUGCUGUGUCACGAGAAGGACAAGUAUUCGUAAAGGGAAAAGUUAUUCCCUUGUUUUCUCAUAUGUUGUGUUGAUGUCCCGCGUGUAUUUUUCGAAACAACUUUUAGUUUUCCUGCAAAAAUUGCACAGUUUUUCAGAUCGAUUUAUUGUGACUGAUCGGAUUUAUACAAGCUUUUCGUAAUAUGAUUUCUCUUGGAAAUCACGAAGAGACCCGGCACUCUCGCGUCUUAAUGCCGGUGUUCCUGAGUGCCUGCGCGAUUCCGAUCUCGAUGCUCUUCUGGAUAGUAAACGUAGCUUACUCGAUACUAUGGCCAGACACCAGAAACUUCACGGAAGAACACUCAGUUAUCUCACCUUGGAGAUGGUUGGCAGCAGUCUUUAUUCCAUUGUUGUUCAUGUUCUGGGGCUUGCGUAGAAAAAGUCUGCAUGUCAGUGGUGCAAUUUUUGGUCUCUUCGUGGGUUUUAUCUUGACACUCUCGAGCUUUGCUCACUUAUCAGCUCUUGCGACGUUUUUUGUCACUGGAUCGAAAGUGACAAAGUUUCGGUCCGAACAAAAGAAAAAACUUGAAGCUGAUUUCAAGGAAGGUGGCCAACGGACCUGGAUACAAGUACUGUGUAAUAGUGGUAUGGCUACACAAUUGGCUCUAUUAUACCUUUUGGAUAUCGGAAGCGGAGAAAGGCCCAUCGACUUUGACAAGGAAUAUCGAAGCUCGUGGUUGUCCAUUGGGAUAUUAGGAGCAUUUGCGUGUUGCAAUGGUGAUACAUGGGCUUCAGAGUUGGGUACAGUGAUUGGCACAGGCGACCCUUUCCUCAUUACAACAAGAAAAAGGGUGCCAAGAGGAACAAAUGGUGGUGUAUCAUGGAUAGGUCUGUUAUGUUCCACCAUUGGCGGUUUAAUAGUUGGGCUUAUCUAUUAUAUUGUGAUAUUAAAUACUGUCGAUACGGCUGUGUUACAACUAGCAGCACCACAGUGGCCUAUCAUAAUUAUCGCAGGAUUCGCAGGCUAUUUUGGCUCCAUUUUAGAUUCCGUCCUCGGUGCGACUUUACAAUAUUCAGGAAUGGAUGAAAAAGGUUUUAUAGUAGACCGGCCGGGAAAAGGUGUAAGACAUAUUUGUGGUAAACAACUCCUAGAUAAUCACAGUGUUAAUCUCCUUUCUAGUAUUGGUAUCGCUCUUGUUCUUCCGAGAAUAGCCAAUAUUUUCUGGCCAUAAAAUUUCAGAUUUAUUUAAAAACAUAAUAUUAAAUUAUUAAUAUUUUGUUA